AAACUUAAAACACUUAUGUGUUUAUUACAUAUUUGUUGGAUGUUAUGUUUACAUCUGAAUUUGUUUGUUUGUUUGUCAGCAGGAUAUCCCAAACCAACAUGAACAGAUUCCAAAGACAUUUGAUGGAGAGGCAACUGCACAUGGAGAUGAUGAAAACAAGCUGACAGCCAAACCCAGGCUGCAGAGGGAGGGCAGCUGUGCAUCUUUGCACAACUCACUGAUGAGAAACAGUAUCUUUCAGCUCAUGAUACACACACUGGACCCACUCAGUGAUGAAGGACAGUUCAAAGAGAAAGCCUCAAUGCUUCACAAAAUGGCCAAGAAGAAGUGUAAAGAUGAUGGGGUCAGUGCCAAUGGUGUCGUCGAAAAAACAAUGUCCAAUAGUGUCAAAGUUGCAGUGGAAGUCACGCCACCAAUGAAUGGUGCCAUGGGAGGAGUUGUGGGUGGCGAGGAGGAUGAGGAUGAUGAUGAAGAGCAGCCUCUGAGCCUAGCGUGGCCCGACACAACCAGGAAACAGCUCACCUACCUCUUCAUCCUCCCCAUCAUCCUUCCUCUCUGGAUCACAGUGCCAGAUGUUCGGAGAGAGACAUCGUCAAAGUUCUUCCCCAUCACUUUCCUUGGAUCCAUCUGUUGGAUUGCUUUCUUUUCCUAUCUGAUGGUUUGGUGGGCUCACCAGGUUGGAGAGACUUUCUGGAUCACAGAGGAGAUCAUGGGUCUGACCAUCUUAGCCGCCGGCACUUCAAUCCCUGACUUGAUCACCAGUGUGAUUGUAGCACGAAAAGGUCUGGGUGACAUGGCUGUGUCCAGCUCCGUGGGAUCUAACAUCUUUGAUAUCACUGUAGGUCUUCCAUUCCCGUGGCUCCUCUACAACAUCAUCAAUGACUUCAAGCCAGUCCAGGUGAGCAGCAAUGGCCUGUUCUGUGCCAUCGUGCUCCUCUUUCUCAUGCUGCUGUUCGUCAUCAUCUCCAUCGCGUCCUCCAAGUGGAAAAUGAGCAAGCUGCUCGGCUUCUUCAUGUUCUUGCUUUACUUCAUCUUCCUCAUGGUCAGCGUCAUGCUGGAGGACAAAAUGAUCACCUGCCCCGUCACCGUCUGAGAGAGAGAAAACAUCACG